CCAAGUGGGAAGGUGGUAUUUACCACAUACAACUGGGAAGAAUCCAGUUGAACGGUCCUCCAACUCUGUCACAUAUUAAGAAAAUGGCCUUCAACUGUAUUUUGGGCUGUUAAAUGCAACAACAAAACAUUAUAACAAUCUAUUAAUGUUUUUUUGAACACUAUAAUUUGUUUGCUUGCAUGAUAGCUGUACUCUUAGUUAAUGUUGACGCAGCUUUUUUGCCAUUGGCCAAUCGACUUUUCUCAAUGAGUUCAAAGCAUGUGAAUGCCUCCAACUAAUAUUUACGACUUCACAACUGGGAAUUACCACCACCCCACUUGGUUAUGAAUGCAGCAUCAUACGUAGGAGCCACAUUAAGGUAUUUAGACCCAACUGAUUUUGGUCAGAAACCAUUUAGGGAUUUUUCAAGCCACUAGACACAGAAGUAGAACAUAAACUGAAUCACACUUUAGUUGUCUUAUCUUGCUCAUUUUGUGUUGACGGUGAGACGAGAUAGCGAGGACAAACUCUUGCAGAUUGUUCUACCAGGAUGAGAUCCAUUGUGUCUUUCUACUUCUGCUACCUGCUGUGCCUGUGCCUGGGGAUCGCCUGUGUGGUGUUUGUGUCCAUCUGGAACUCCCAGUGGCGUGGUGGCUUUGCCUGGGAUGGCUCGGCUCUUCAGUUUAACUGGCACCCUGUCCUGAUGGUCACAGGUCUGGUCGUGCUCUACGGCAAUGGAGCGGUGUUGUACCGCAUUCCCCUCACAUGGGGGCAGAAUAAGCUGCCCUGGAAACUGCUGCAUGCUGGUGUCAUGCUCCUGGCCCUGCUCUGCUCCAUCCUUGGCCUCUGUGCUGUGUUUGACUUCCACCACACCAACAGCACUCCCAACCUCUACUCCUUGCACAGCUGGAUUGGCAUUUGCACUACAGCACUCUUCACCACUCAGUGGGUGAUGGGCCUUGCUGGCUUCCUCCUACCCUGGUCACCCAUGUCAUUCCGCAAGCUGCUUAAGCCUGCCCAUGUGUGGAUGGGAGGCUGCAUACUGAUACUCAGCAUUGUAUCCUGCAUUUCAGGGAUCAACGAGAAGCUCUUCUUUGCACUGAAAGGAACCACCAAUGGAACAAUGCCAUAUGGCAACCUGCCACCUGAGGCAUUGGUCGCCAACUCAUUAGGAGUCUUGAUUGUAGCCUUUGGAUUGGUCGUCCUGAAGAUUCUGUCCAAUCAGAAAUGGCAGCGACCAGAGCCUCAAAGUGAAGACCUGGGCUACAGUCCACUGCUUCAAGACGACAGCUAAUAGAAGAGAUGAGGAGGCUUCAAACCCGCUCUCAGCCGCUAACCAUACUACGCAAGCUAUCCAGAAAUGUUAUCUGCCCCUGCUGGGUCCAAAGUUGCCUUAAGCAAAUAAUGAGAUGUUGAAUGUCCUAGGACCAGGGCCAAACCUGGGCAUAAGGGCCCCUGGCCACUUUGGGGUCUGAACUUACUGUUGAGAGUUAAUAUAGUAAAAUACACUAGGUACAAUUUUAAAAUGUGUUAUUGCAUCAGCAGUUUUUCUCUUAUAUCAGACACUGACAGUCACUGAAUUAGCCAAUGUCAGCUAAAAAUGUUUUGAUUGGUAAGUUAGUCUAGCCAGCUAUCUAAACAUUGUAGUAAUCAUGGCCAAAUUACUGACUCGGCACGCAGGGCACAUGCCAAGGGGCCAUGAACUCCAGGGCGCUUACUUUGAUUUUGUUAGUCAUUCUCACUCAGAUAUCAUAUUGAAGUGAUACUUCGGGAUUUCGGCAAUGAGGCCCUUUAUCUACUUAUCCAGAGUCAGAUGAACUUGUGGAUGCCAUUUUUAUGGUUCUGUGUCCAGUAUGAGGCAGGCUAGAGGUAGUUUCGCAAGCCAAUGCUAACUAGCGUUACCCAUAAACUUCCAGUUAUUGUGCUAUCUGCUGGCAUGCUAGCAGAUACCAAUAGACCUCCAGUCAUUGCGCUAACGCUAGUUAGACAUUGCAAUAGCGCUAGUUAGCAACUUCCUUCAAACCGCACACAGAGACAUUAAAAUGGUGUCAAGAAGUUAAUCUGACUCUGGGGAAGUUGAUAAAGGGCCUCGGUGUCCAAAUCCCAAAAUAUCCCUUUAACAUGACAUAAGUCAGGGCAAAAUGUGUAAAAUUGCUGAAAAUCAGCUGGUAAACUGCAAAUGUUUCUCUCUGUCCCAUGGCAAAAUGAGUAGAAUUGCAUGAAAUUUACUUUCAAACUUAAAAAUGUUUCUCUCCGCUGUCAAGAUGGGACCACGGUAAUCUUUUGGCUGCGAGGUGGAGCUCCCCCCAACCAAAUCUUGCUUAGGGCCCCCAAAAGACUAUUGCUGGCCCUGGUCAUGACAGUGUUGUAAGCAAUAGUAUGUGUCCCAUCAAGAUAUACGUUUUAUAAAUGUAUUAAAUUGUAGAUUUUCCAUCGCUGCCUUCUUUUUUUAUGAAUAAAAUCAUGAAUAAAGUCUGAUAUACUCAAAGAUAA